GCCCCUGGUCGCUGAGCCUGCGGAGUUCGUUGCAAACGCUGUCCCUGCACCUCAACAGGCUGGUGUUUGCUGCGCAGCGCCCGUUGCUUCAGAGCAACCUGACUUGGCUCAAGCGCUUCACGUCAUCGCUGGCCCCGCGGGCUGAGCAGAACCAGCCGGGUGAGGGGCCCGCGGAUGGGCCGAGGUUGCAGCUCGACCUGCGGAUCACAUCAUCAGACUGCCUUUUGGAUGUGCCCAGCGAGUCGCUGGGCUCUGCCUGGCCGGUCACCAGCCCUCAAGGGCUGGCAGUGCCCAUGCCGCCCCCCAAGGAUCGCGGCACUGACAGCGACAAGUGGCGAUUGGUCCUUCAUGUCAGCCACGCGGGUGCCGUGCUGCGCGGCUCCGAGGGGCAGGCCCCCUGGCUUCAGUUGAACCUCGCCAUGCUGGGCGCCUAUCUCUCCGACCACCCUGCGAACCUCACACAGUUGGAGCUUCUUGCAGAUGCCACCGAUCCCAACGAGUUUCUGCCGGCAGUCGGCUUUGCCCCCUUCAUGGAGAUGUCCUCCGCCAGCGCCAGCUUCCUGGGACUUCCGCAGGAGGACGCCUCAGCAGAGGCCCAACGAAGGGAG